UGUAAACAAACCAUACACGUUUUCCUAUUAUUUUUAUUUGCAAACAAUUAAUUUACAUAUAAAUAUGAAUCAAUGGGGAGAAAUAAUGAUAAAUAAUAAAGAAUUUUUGAUUACAAGCUUUAAUAUUAACAAUCAAUGGAAAAUUAUGCUAACAGAUUUACGACAAUUAUUUAUUGAAUUAUUGACAGUUGACAAAAUAAUUGAUAAAUGUCAAGAAUUGAAUCCAUUGCUAAGCAUAGAAGAUCUAGAUAUCAAUUCAAUAAUAAACGAUUUAUUAAAAAAUAUACCAAAGUAUAUAGUAAAUGAGUCAUCCACGAGUUCGAUAGAACUCAAAAAAAUAAUCGAAGGAGGUAUUUUUAAGUAUACUAUCAAUUUAAAUGAGUGCAAUGACAGCACUGAAUUUUUCGAAGUAAUAACUGUGCCUUUGUGUUCAGCAUUUGCUGAAUAUAAACGGCAAAAUCGUUUAUUAAUUCAUGAAAUAAUUAAUAAAGACGAAGUAAUAAUGGACUAUGAAUUGAAUUCGGAUCAUGUGGUUCGUGGCAGUAUUGCAACGAAGCCAUUUAGUUGUGAUACAUUUUUCGGCGAUUCGACUAUUAAAGUCAAUAAAAAUUCAGUUUUAAAAAUUUUUCGUAAUAUAUUCGAGGAAAAUGAGGAAUUAUUUACUGAAAGUUAUAUUGGGAAUACUAAAAAUAUUGUAGAAAAAGAGACAAACAAAUUGUCCGAGAAUGAUAGGAUUGAUCAGUCUGAACAAAUUAAAAUUACAACCGAUAAAAUUAUAUGUAAGGAUGAGGGAAAAACUAUUUCUGCUAAAUUAACUGAUGAAGUAAUUGAUGCUAGCACAAGUAAAAAUAGUUUGAGUACCAAGUUAUCGGUUCUUGAAAGAAAAAAAGUCAAUAAGACGGCUGGUAAGAAAAAAAAUGAAUUAUCUAGAGAUAAUUCUAUAGCAAGUAGGAAUAAACGUCAAAAAAAGAAUCUAAGUGAUUUUAUAUCUUGAGGGAAUAAAUAUUUUUAAAUAUUUGA